AUGAUGGACCCCAAGAUACAAGGCGCUAUCCUGAAUGGACUCUACAACCUCAGUGCACCAGUACAAGUGGAAUGUCAGACUGGAAACUGCCAAUGGGAUGACUUUACAACCCUGGCAGUGGCUAGCAACUGUACAAAUGUCACAUCCGUCUCUCACGUCGUCUGCGGUAGGAUACACGCAGGUUUAGCAUGCAACUAUACAACUCCCACUGGCUUCUUCAUCAAAUCGUCUCGGAGUACUAGCUCAGGAGGCGAAAAGGGAACCUGGUUCAACAGUACCGCUCAUAUACAGCGCGCAUCUCAGAUAGGCAGCGUACUCAACAGCACCAUCGUCAGUUUCGCUACCGCCAACAUGAUGUCGCCUUUUAGCAUGGACAGUCCAGACCUCACUGAGUGUGACAUGCGUUGGGUCGGUCGGCACGUCCGUAACAUGACCGUCGUGAACGGUACCUUCAACCCUGGAAUUAUACAGGACUACGAACUUUACGGCAUCGCCAACCCAUUCGACCCGGACUAUUGGGUCUCUUUCAACGUCUCGAACGAAACUACAACACUCCCCGGUAAUACAACUUUCAGCGUCGGUCCAGUCGAUAACCAAGGAAUGAUGACGUUUCUCUCCGGUAUAUUUUCCUCUACGAUCAAGGACGCGUACGGUCUUGCCAUGCAAAAUUCCACAAACCUGACACAGACUGUGCAAGCUAUUAGCACUUCAAUGACGUACGCCUUCGGCCAGGGGCCUAGCAGUAUCAACCUCCCUGGUAGAACAAUCACGACGGAGCAAUACAUAAAAGUACACUGGGCCUGGAUAAGCGUACCUGUCGUCGAGGUCAUCAUGGGCAUUGCGUUCUUCAUAGCUACGCUCGUGCAUACAUGGAGGAGAGGCGUAGUGGCUUGGAAGAGCUCUGCCAUUGUACCGUUAUUCACGCAUAUUGAAGGAUGGCGAACUGAAGAAAGUCGAAUGGGCAGCGCAAGAGAGGUAGAGAAGAGGGCUAUGGAGAUGAGAGGCUUGCUAGAGAGGGAUGAAGACGGUGGUCAGAGGUUCCGACGCAUGGAUGCAUGA